CGUCGACAUAGCGACAGGAAAGCCAUUUUUAUUAUUUCGAUAUAGAAAUUGAACUCUUUAUUCAUGUUUUCUUACGGAUGAAGCCUUUUUAACGGAUUCAAUGGCCGAUGUUUAGUUAAAGGGUGUAAGCUAGGUUCAGUAAAUCCAAAGUCUCCAACAUGAACAGGUAUCGACAUGUAGAAUAUAUGGACCAUCCGGUUCAUCACAGCUAUAUCCAGGACCUUUACAGUAACCAUCACCAUGGUAACACUCAUAGAAACUAUACUGACAAUGAUAUAGUCAACACAGAUUGUAUGGCAUUUACAUGGGUUGGCCCUGUACGUCCAAAACUUUAUAGCGAGACAUUAGAUAAGUUAUCUUGGAAAACAAAACAAAAUUUAGAAUUACUUAAAGGGAGGGUCACACGUAUUGAUCCUUGCUAUGAGUAUGGUAUUGAACACUGGCACCCAGAUCGAAGAUCAAAAGCAGUUGAAGCACAUAGAUUGGCAGAAGAACAUCAGGAGUCAUUGGAAAGUUACCCUGGUAAAUGGCCUAAAUGGGAAGCAAACAAGGUGGUGUUUGCUAGUUCCAAUGCCUUAGAUGACUGUAUAGGGGAGAGCAAACUAGAGAUCCCUAUAAGAGAUGACCCAGAAUAUGUGGCUGAUCAGAGCUUUAAUUUCUGCCAAAUGUGUACUUCAGCUGAGGAUCAUGAGAAACAUAAGCAACAUACCAGACAUAUGACCAGGCUUAGUAAGUUUGGUGAUAAACCAAAUGUAAGAGUAGAUUACAUAGCUCCACCUCCUAGUCUAGGACGCAUUAAGAAAAGAGAGCGAAGUCCAGAACCUGAGGAGAGGCUGUACAAACUUUUAGUCAAAACUGGUGACAAAUCCAACAUGGGAACAACUGCAAAGGUGCACAUACAGAUACAGGGUAGUCAUGGUGAACUGAGGAAAAGGCAGUUAAGGAAAGGAGCUGGGUCAUUACCAUUUGCAUUUCAUGUGAAAACUUUAGAAUCAUUCUUCAUAAAAGGGCCUAUGAUUGGAGAGCCUCAGCUCAUGAGAUUGAAGUUAGAUGGGGUUCACAAGGCAGAUGGCUGGUACCUAGAGUAUAUUGACUUCACAGAUGUGGCUGCUAAGGUAACAUGGCGAUUUCCAUGUAAGAACUGGCUAUCUUUAUAUGAGUCUGACCAUUCUUUAAGGCGGGACCUGGUGCCUGAACAACUAGAUCAUAUUCAAAGGGAAUUUGAAGUGUUUGUCGAAACUGGGAAAAAGUCAAUGGCUGGUACGGACUCCAAUGUAUUUUUGACCAUAUUUGGGAAAAAAGGAUCAUCACCAAAGUUCGCUCUAAAGGAUAGAUCUAAAAACCUUUUCGAAAAUGGACAAAUUGAUCGAUUUGUAGUGAAAACAGAAAACUUGGGACAAAUAUUAAAGAUAAGGAUAGAACAUGAUAACAGUGGGUUUGGUCCUGGAUGGUUCUUAGAAAAGGUGGUUCUACGUGCCAUAGAUGACCAUAGCAAAGUGUACCACUUCCCCUGUCAUGCAUGGUUGGCCAAGGAUGAGGGAACAGGGGAGACAUAUCGGGACAUUCGACCAGCUUCUGCAACCUCUAAAGGAAAAAAGGAAAAUAAAGGCCCCCAAUGUGUGUAUGAAUUCAUCAUUGAGACAGGUAGCCCACUUCAGGCAGGAACAGAUGCUAAUGUCUUCAUUCAACUCAUAGGUGAUAAAAUGAAAACAAAGGAGCUGACAUUGGACAACGAUGAUAAUAAUUUUGAGCGGAAUUGUACAGAUAUAUUUACUCUAAAAGCAACUGAUGUUGGAGUUAUUAAGAAGAUGCGGAUUGGGCAUGAUGACACUGGAAUAGGAAGUGGCUGGUAUCUGGAAAAGGUUACAAUCCUAAAGCACCUGAAACAGAGAGAUGUCUCUAUUAGAAGGAAACAAGAUAAACAAGAUCAAAAGAAUAAAGAAAAAGAAGAUCAAAUGAAGCUGUAUGAUGAUAAUUCUGAAUCAGAUGAAGAAAGUGGUGGAAAGACAAAAAGCAAAAAUAAGAAAAGCAAACAGAAAAAGUCUGAAAGUGAACUCAGAGACAAAAAGAGUAAAUCAAAAAAGAAAUCCAAAAGUGAAUCUGAUCCUGAUGAUGAUGUCAAAAGAACAAAGAAAGGAAAGGAUAAAUACGAACUUGAUGACACUGUGUUCAAAUCAAAGAAUAAAAAGUCAUUGAAAUUUGCACUUGAUGACUCGGAUACUGAUCCUGAUGAUAAAAAGUCGAAGAUGAAACCUAAAACAAAAGAUGAAAAAUUGAGAAUGAAAAUGCUUGGCCUUAAUAUCUCAGAUGAUGAAUCCGAUAAAAAGAAAACAAGCAAAAAGUUAAAAAGUAAAAAGAAAAAAUCAGAUUCUGAAGAUAGUGAUGACUUCCAAACUGGAUUGUUUUCAAAUAAGAAAAGCAAGAAAGUGAAAAUACGCGUAAAUGAUUCAACAGAAGAAGACAGUGACUCUCAAACAAAUGUAUUUGGUAAUAAUAACAAAUCAAUGCAGAAAAAGAAGAUCAGGAAGAAGCCAAUGAAAGAUGACAUUGAUAACUUAUUUGGGCGAAAGACGAAAAAAUCCAAUGACUCUGAUUCGGAUGAUUCUAAUAGUGAUGAAGACAGUGAUGAAGAAAAAAAAUCUAAAAAGAGAAGUGGCAAGAAGAAUAAAAAACGAAAAGACUCCACAAGUCAGAGUGAGAAUGAAGAUGAUAGACAAACAAAUAACAAAGUUGUUUAUGACCAGUAUGUGUUUGAGGUUAGUCGCUGGCUAGCCACAGAUGAGGGAGAUGGGGAGUUAAUAGUUGAGAUGAAACCCUCAAAGAAACUUUCUAAUCUCACAAAAUCAUUACAGUGAACAUCGUUUAGACCACUGCUCUAUAUAUUACACCAGUAAAAGUGACACUAAGCCUAUCCUGUUGAUAGGAAAGAAAUGUGAUAUAAAGUGCACAGUUCAGUAUGGUGUACGAGUAUACGGUACAAUAUUUUUUUAAGUUUUUAUGUCACCAUCACAA